AUCCGAUUGUUUCUAAUUCGGGUAUAAAUAUCGCACUCACGUAAAAUUUACGCGUCGUUAUCAUCAUGAACAGUCUCUACCUGUUGAUGCUGCUAGUAGCGCUAGCCUCGACUAGUCCAGCAGUUGAUUUUAGAAUCCCGAUACGUGGCAAGCAUAAACGUGGAGAGCGAAACUUUGCUACGCAGCCACACUAUGAAGUUGGACAUCGGCUGCGCAAUCAUAAUCGGAAAGUGAACAGAACGUAUCCAUUCGAGAUGGGCAUGGGAUAUUACUACCAGUAUGACAUUAUGCUGAAACCAGAUGUCGAGCAGAAUGCUAUACCUACAACAUCUACAAACCGUUGGCCGAACGCUGUUGUACCGUAUGAGAUUAUUGGAACCUUCACUACUACUGAACUAGCCAACAUUCAAACAACCAUUGCUCAAUAUAAUGCUGUAACAUGCGUGAGAUUCAUUCCUCAUACAACGGAAACUAAUUAUAUAAAAAUAAACAACAGUGCGACCGGAUGUUGGUCCUAUGUGGGUCGAAGUUUAGAUAAUACAUAUAACUUGGUGAAUCUGCAAAACCCCAGCUGCAUGACAACUGGUACGAUAGCUCAUGAGUUCAUGCACGCGAUUGGAUUCUAUCACGAGUUUAUGCGUCCUGAUCGUGACACUUAUAUCUCGAUCAACACAUCUGCCUUGCUACCGCAAUAUCAAACAACAUCGUUUUAUAAUGCAAAUUUUGCCAAAUACGCGGCGAACCAGGUGGAAUUGUAUGGAAUUCCGUACUAUUAUGGUAGUGUGAUGCACUACUCGAAAUGGGGAGGUGCUGCCAGCUACAGCUAUCCAGUUAUGAAUAAUUUGUUACCGUGGACUGGAGAUUUCGGCAACAAUACUGGACUGUCUGCUCCGGAUAUUUUGGCGAUAAACUACAUGUAUUGCAAUUCAACUACUACCACCACAUCAGCUCCGGCAACUACCACUACGGCUCCAACGACAACGACGACAACUCAAGCUUCUACAACCACGACAACUUCAACGACGACAACAACUAAAGCUCCUACGACGACAACAACAACUUCAACGACGACAACAACAACACCAGCUCCGACAACAACAACAAAAGCCACUACAACGACGACAACAACAACACCAGCUCCGACAACGACAACAACAACUAAAGCACCCAUAACGACGACAACUUCAACGACGACAACACCAGCUCCCACGUCGACAACAACGAAAAUUCCCACAACGACGACUACAUCAACUACGACCCCGGCUCCAGGCAGCAAAAGAAAAGCGGUUUGCUGGUUAUACGUUUUCAGAAUCUGCAUCAUCAGGUUUUAGAAUUUUAUAAUAAAGCAAGAUUAAAGUUACAGUGGCUUUAAUAAAAAAACCUGAUUUAAACAAUCUA